GGGAUCUAGUUUGUUGUGAGCCGGCUCUGUGGGCCUGAAGCGUGUUUCUGAAGUCCGUUCGUGGGCCUGGGUUGUUAGCGUUUCGUGACUGCAGACAUGGCAGCCUCCACGGCGGCCGGAAAACAGCGGAUUCCUAAAGUGGCCAAGGUGAAAAACAAAGCACCAGCUGAGGUGCAGAUAACUGCUGAACAGCUCUUAAGAGAAGCUAAAGAGAGAGAACUUGAGCUCCUCCCACCUCCUCCUCAGCAGAAGAUCACAGAUGAGGAAGAAUUGAAUGAUUACAAGCUACGGAAAAGGAAGACUUUUGAAGAUAACAUAAGAAAAAAUAGGACUGUGAUUAGUAACUGGAUAAAAUAUGCACAAUGGGAAGAGAGUCUAAAGGAAAUUCAAAGGGCUCGAUCCAUAUACGAGCGUGCUUUAGAUGUAGACUACCGAAAUAUUACACUCUGGCUGAAAUAUGCAGAAAUGGAAAUGAAGAACCGCCAGGUCAACCAUGCCCGAAAUAUCUGGGACCGCGCCAUAACAACUCUGCCACGAGUCAACCAGUUCUGGUACAAGUACACAUACAUGGAGGAGAUGUUGGGCAAUGUUGCUGGUGCCCGUCAGGUGUUUGAGCGCUGGAUGGAAUGGCAGCCUGAGGAGCAGGCCUGGCACUCCUACAUCAACUUCGAGCUGAGAUACAAAGAGGUGGAGCGGGCCCGCACCAUUUAUGAACGCUUUGUGCUCGUGCACCCUGCUGUGAAGAACUGGAUCAAGUAUGCUCGAUUUGAAGAGAAGCAUGCUUAUUUUGCCCAUGCGAGGAAAGUCUACGAGAGAGCAGUUGAGUUCUUUGGGGAUGAGCAUAUGGACGAACACCUGUAUGUGGCCUUUGCUAAAUUUGAGGAAAAUCAAAAAGAGUUUGAAAGGGUACGAGUUAUUUACAAAUAUGCCCUGGAUAGAAUUUCAAAGCAAGAGGCCCAAGAACUCUUUAAAAACUAUACCAUCUUUGAGAAGAAGUUUGGUGACCGGAGGGGCAUAGAAGAUAUCAUCGUAAGCAAACGGAGGUUCCAGUAUGAAGAAGAAGUGAAGGCUAAUCCACACAAUUACGAUGCAUGGUUUGAUUACUUACGCUUGGUGGAAAGUGACGCAGAAGCUGACACGGUGCGGGAAGUGUAUGAGAGAGCCAUUGCCAACGUGCCGCCCAUUCAGGAGAAGAGACACUGGAAGCGCUACAUCUACCUCUGGGUCAACUACGCCCUCUAUGAAGAGCUGGAGGCCAAGGAUCCUGAGAGGACAAGACAGGUAUAUCAAGCGUCUUUGGAACUAAUUCCUCACAAAAAGUUCACAUUUGCCAAAAUGUGGUUAUAUUAUGCACAGUUUGAAAUAAGACAGAAAAACCUGCCUUUUGCCAGAAGAGCUUUGGGGACUUCCAUAGGCAAAUGUCCAAAGAACAAGUUAUUCAAAGGUUACAUAGAACUGGAACUGCAGCUUCGAGAAUUUGACAGAUGCCGGAAACUUUAUGAAAAGUUCUUGGAAUUUGGACCAGAAAAUUGUACCUCAUGGAUCAAGUUUGCAGAAUUAGAGACAAUCCUUGGUGAUAUCGAGAGAGCUCGGGCAAUCUAUGAAUUAGCCAUCAGCCAGCCACGCUUGGACAUGCCAGAGGUACUUUGGAAAUCAUAUAUUGAUUUUGAGAUUGAGCAGGAAGAAACUGAAAGAACACGAAAUCUUUACCGACAAUUGCUUCAGCGAACACAGCAUGUCAAGGUAUGGAUCAGUUUUGCUCAGUUUGAGUUGUCUUCAGGGAAAGAAGGAAGUGUGGCUAAAUGCAGACAGAUAUAUGAAGAAGCCAACAAAACCAUGAGAAACUGUGAAGAAAAAGAAGAGAGGCUUAUGUUGCUGGAAUCCUGGCGAGGUUUUGAAGAUGAAUUUGGAACAGUAUCAGACAAGGAGAGAGUAGACAAACUCAUGCCAGAAAAAGUCAAGAAGAGAAGAAAGGUCCAGGCCGACGAUGGGUCUGAUGCUGGAUGGGAAGAAUACUAUGACUACAUCUUUCCAGAGGAUGCUGCCAACCAGCCUAACCUCAAGCUUCUGGCGAUGGCCAAGCUAUGGAAGAAACAGCAACAAGAAAGAGAAGCUGCCGAACAGGAUCCAGAUAAGGACAUUGAUGAGAGUGAACCCUCAUCUUUUUAAAUGUUGCAAUUGCUUUUUAUAAAUGAAUAGUUUAGAACUUUGACUUCUGGAUGUUUUGUAUUCUUACCAGUAAGGAGUUGUUUGGCAUCUUUGACAGCUAUCUUUUGCAUUAUUUUUUAAAAUGCUAUGGGUGUUAAGUAAAGAAAAAAAAUUUUUAACAGA